AACAGACGUCGUCCUGGCUGGGAAAUUCACACUGUGGUCACCUUGCGGAACGUUCGGAGAACUACGCGCGGGAUUGAAUACGUGUUCAUCGCUGUUUUGUCGUCUGUCUGUCUUAACUGUUCUCGAGCGAAAGGAAUCUUGAAGUCGUGAGUGGUGAGUGUCGCGAGGAAAGUUUCGAGUGCGGCGAAACUUCGUGAAAGUCCUUCUAAUGGCCAUGCUCGUUGGCUGUCAAUAAUCUAUUCAGACGAAACACGAUUCCCGGUGACGUGGUCGUCGUACGAUCGACACAGCAUGACUUCCAGGAGAAACAAUUGCGACCUGCUAGCCAGGGUGAAUUUUCCUUUGUACACCCUGCAGAUGUUGACAGGAAGACACAUCCUGGUCGGCGGUGGUGGAGGCUCUUCGAAAACUGGAGUUGCCAAUGGAUUUGAAAUAUUCGAGUUGUCACACAAUGGAUCUCAGUUCAUUGCCGAAGAGGUGACGAGGCACGAGACAGGACCGAGUGUUGUAAUGAACUGUACAACUUACAAUGAUGAAAAGAGAAUUUGGAUCGUUGCUGGCCAAGAAAGUCAUUGUCAACUUUACAACGUGACUAGCAAGGUUGUCACAACGAAGAAUGGAGAGGUCCUCAAAGGUCCUAGCCCUAACGCUAAGGAAGGUCUUAGGCACAGGAAAAGCAUAGACAAAGAGGAAGACAGUGCUGUUCCCGAAGAAAGAAUAGAAGAAAUUAAGGAUGACAAUUCUAAUAUCAAGAGCAAGAAGCUUCAGUUAAUAGUAAAGCCAGCAGACAGUGUACAAACAGACUUCAGUGAAGAAGAGCCUCUUCAGAGGGUUGUUAGAGUAAGUCCAAAUGGGAAAUUCAUGGCCACAGGUGGCUUAGACGGCCACGUAAGAUUGUGGAAGUUCCCACAGCUACACAAACUGCACGAUCUCGAAGCUCACACAAAGGAAAUAGACGAUAUAGACUUCAGUCCAGACAGUACACUUAUCGCAACUAUAGCAAAGGAUGGGAAAGCGUUCCUGUGGUACGUGAGCAACGGUUCAAAGUCUAAGGAACUGACUUGGUCAAUCCCGAAUGGACCAAAGUAUCUGUACAAAAGAUGCAGAUUUCGAAAGUUAGAAGAGAAUAAGUCGAAAGCUCAACUGUUCAUGUUGUCGAAUCCAGUGGUCGGGAAGAAUAACGUAAGCUUCCUGCAAAUGUGGGACGUGGACUCUGGAAAUAUAAUCAAUUCGGUUCAGUACAAAGAAACUUUGUCUGCUUUGGCUGUGUCCGACGAUGGAAAGUUCCUCGCCGUUGGGACAAUGUUCUCUGGGAGCGUGGACAUAUACAUCGCGUUCAGUUUGAGGAGAGCUUUACAUGUACCUGGUGCACAUAGUAUGUUCGUAACCGGUCUAGAAUUUUUGCCCACGAAACUGGAGGGUCCUACCAUUGCCAGCAACACCGAAACUGCGGUCGUUAGCAUUUCCGUGGACAACAAGAUUUGUAUACAUAGUAUUCCAUUUAGACAUACAUUACCGUUCUGGUUUGUCAUAAUACUAAUUAUUCUGAGCAUAUGCGGGGCGUUUAUCUUCUGCAGUUACCUUGGAAUAUGACCUGAGAAUACAUAACAAGUAAAUGUUUUAGUAUUUUUCUAAGCGACGUGCUUUUUCUAGAUCUUAAUUAUUAAUAGUACGGGAAUAAUGGUGCAGUGGUUUGUUCGAAUUUGCAAACACUUACGCACGGUCCAUUUCGUAAAUAAACAUGAUCAUGCAGUUCUAUUAGCAAAUAGUUAACACGCUUCGUUUAUAUAAAGUUUAAAAAAACGAAGUGGUACAAUAAUUAAAAAUUGAUUUGCACUGGGUAACUUCGUUCCGAAGAAGAUAGUGUAAAUAGAUAUUUUGCGAAAUAGCUAUCUUUCGAUUAGAAUGCACAAAAUACUUUCGGUUCUCUUCGCGUUUAAGAACCAACUUUUCAUUUUGUACAGAAUGUCGAGACCUUUCUCUGACCUUUACUGCAUUUAUGUAAAUCCUUUCUGUAUAUACAUACAUACAUACAUACAUACAUACGGCGUUCACAUGUACAGAUGUCGUAACGCGACAUGUAUAUUAAUCAGCGUAAAACAUUGAACUUUAUUCUGUCUUUUUAUCACGCCUGGCUAACAGGCGAAUUCACGAUUAUCGUUUCACUUUAGAAGCAAACGUGAUCACUUAGUGAUAGUGGAGACGUAUCACGCAUGGAAUUUUAUCAGUUUUAUAACGCAUUCCACGGGAAACAGGAAUUUCCCGUAACAGAGGAACAUGUUGCCAUAGGAGGAAAAGUGUUCGUGGCUCAAAUAUACUUUGUUAAAUGAAA